GUCAAGGUUAAGUCCGCGUGCAGAGGAACGUCGAGAGCCAGUUUUAUUUUUACACUGGUUGCGACUACGCCAGAGUUACGGCCUUCCUGUUGUGUCUGAGUUUCCAACAAAGGACCUGAAUGGUAUAGGCGUGACAAAUGCCGCCAAAACCACAGAAACAGCAAGGACACCCUAAAGGACCUACGCAACAGCAGCAAGGGCAUCAAGCGGCUCCAGCCCGCUCUAGAUCAAACACCAACUCACCCUCGGGCUUGGAGUACCUGGGAGCUCUCGACCAGCUGAUCAUCAAGCAGCAAGUGGAACUACUUGAAGCAUUCACCGGUUUCGAGACUGGCAAUAAAUACAUCGCCUGCAACAACCAGGGUCAGCAAGUCUAUUUUUUAGCCGAAUCAAGUAACAUCUGUACUCGAUGCUGCUGUGAUGAAGGCAGAUGCUUUAGUAUGAACGUGAUGGACACUCAGAAGAGACAGGUGAUGAAGUUCAUUCGACCACUUCGAUGCCAGAGCAACUACCGAGGCCUUUGCUGCUGCUGUUUGCAGGUGCGAUGGUGCGACACUGGAGGCAGACCCCCCUAUCAAAAAAGGAACAUGGUUUCAAGUGGGCUCGUGGGUUGUACUCCCAGGAUGGACACACAGUGGUCAGGGCAUCCCACUUUAAGUACCACAAUGGGUGAUGAACAAUGGGUGGAGGGUGCAAGUGAGCUGGUGGAACGACUCAAGGAAAUGUUGCCGCUCUCACCACAAUGGGACCUAACUUCAAGUGGGAUGGCAGGACGGGGCCCAGCCUAGAGCCACACUGCAACCACUCAUGCUACCCAAGGACCACAGUGGAAUCUGACUUCAAGUGGGAUGGCAGGACGGGACUCGGCCUGGAGGCACACUAGAAACAUUCGUGCUACCCAAGGAUUCACAAUGGGACCUGAGUAUACCACUCUGGAACUGGCUGGGACCAUCCUGAACCCAACUGGAACAACUGUGGUGCCAAUCUGGGACCAUCCUAGCUUUUGCCAGGGAACUGCCGUUCACAACACAGCCAUCUUGAUUUGUUAACUUGACUGUUUUGACUACGGGAUCGCGCGUUUAGUGCUACGUUGCGCUAAGUUUGCGCUACGAUGCUCUAUCAACCCCUUUUACACAUCAAUCGGAAGUUUCCGUGAUUGAAUGUUCUUAAGAGUUGAAAUGUAAACAACACAAUGUUCCUGAGUAAUUGGCGAGCGUGGUAUGCCGGCGAGGGCAGGCUUCUAUAGGGUGUUACUCCGCGUAGAUAUGUGGGGUGGGGUGGUGCCUUGAUUCCCAUGUAAUCACCUAUGCGGUUGGGGUGCGAAUGUUUUUGCUCCGUGUCACUUGAUACGAUGGCUUAUAGGUACAGUGUAUCAGCACCACACGCUGUCGAACAGCACAAUCUGUAGGCCUGACAAGUGCAGAGCAGAUGUCGAAAAAAAUAUCUAAUA